AAAAAAGUCUCUAUAAAUUCAGCCAACAUUGGAACCUCUUUUAUUUUCUCAAGCAGCUUUAGUCAGUAUUGAUCAUUUUUUUAGGCCAUUUAUUCUCUUCAUUAAUUAAUCUGAUUCGAACACUCAUCUCUCAAAUUAAGAAGAGCUUCAUUACUUCAAAUGGCGAAGGGUUGUGUUUCAGUCAAGUUCAUCAAUGUCAUUCUUAUUCUUUGCCUCUUAGCAAUCAGUUACGGAAUGGUGCCGAAGGCAGAAGCUAUUCGACCAACUCCAAGAAAGCUCUCGAUUUGGGACGACCUUUCUAACGUCGUCAACGCUGUUACCUGUAAACUCUUACCAGCAGCAGGCUGCUUCUAGUAGUUGACGGCGACAGUGUGUUGUGUGAUUUGGUGCUGCUUGCUGCUUGCUGCUGUGUUUUAUUUCAUAAACAAUGGAUCCAACUCGAUCCCCGCAAAUUUUUUCGAUUUCUUCAAAGUGUGUGUGUAUUUUCUUUUUUCUCUUUUUAUUUACUUUUCAUUUCUUUUGAAUGUAAUGAUUUCAAUAACCUUAUCAAUUUGCAAAACCGAAUGACGAUGCAAUUUGAUGCGGUGAUUGUUACUAUUGUGUCCUUGUUUUCGUUCUCAUUAUGUACUCGUAUGACUUUCCUUGUUUUUACGAGAUCGAAAAUAUUCCAAUAUACUCACGAUUUAUGACAAUG